CCGAGCUCUAAGCUGACGUAACUUCCGGCGCCGGUGACGUGAGUGAGCGCAUGUAAACAAGAUGGCGGCGCCUGUACGGCUGUUCGGUGUUGCGGGAAAACAUCUUGUAAAGAGUCUGCUGAGAAGCAGCCCAGUGACACAGAGGUUUCGCCAGCGGGCCACACAAGCUGCAGCUUCAGUGGCACUCAACAUCCCAGAGACGAAGGUGACUACGCUGUCCAAUGGCCUCAGAGUGUCGUCUGAAGAUUCGGGACUGCCGACCUGCACGGUGGGUCUGUGGAUCGAUGCUGGGAGUCGGUAUGAGAACGACAGGAACAAUGGCACAGCCCACUUCCUGGAGCACAUGGCCUUUAAGGGUACAAGAAAGCGUUCCCAGCUAGACCUGGAGCUUGAGAUAGAGAACAUGGGCGCCCACUUGAAUGCCUACACAUCGAGAGAGCAGACAGUCUAUUACGCUAAAGCCUUUUCUAAGGACCUUCCCAGAGCUGUGGAAAUUCUGGCUGACAUUAUCCAGAACAGCAUGCUGGGGGAAGCCGAGAUCGAGCGUGAGCGUGGAGUCAUCCUUCGAGAGAUGCAGGAAGUGGAGACCAACCUCCAGGAAGUUGUCUUUGACUAUCUACAUGCUACGGCGUACCAGGACACAGCUUUAGGGAGAACCAUUCUUGGGCCUGCAGAGAACAUUAGAACUAUAAACCGAGCGGAUCUUGUGGAGUAUAUUACAACUCACUACAAGGGGCCAAGGAUCAUUCUGGCUGCAGCUGGCGGAGUGUCCCACAGCGAACUAAUAGAUUUAGCUAAAUACCACUUUGGAAAGCUGCCAGCCAGGUUCAGGGACGAGGCUCCAGCGUUACCGCCUUGUAAAUUCACUGGAAGUGAGAUUCGAGUCAGAGAUAAUAAAAUGCCUUUGGCUCACAUAGCAAUUGCAGUCGAGGCGGUGGGUUGGUCUCACCCUGACACCAUCCCCCUCAUGGUGGCCAACACACUUAUCGGGAACUGGGACCGGUCUUUCGGUGGCGGAGUGAAUCUGUCCAGUAGACUGGCUCAGAUGGCAUGCCAGGGAAACCUGUGCCACAGCUUCCAAUCAUUUAACACCUGCUACACGGACACCGGGCUGUGGGGAAUCUACACCGUCUGUGAACCGAACACCAUCAGCGACAUGGUGCACUUCACACAGCUGGAGUGGAUGGCCCUGUGCACCAGUGUAACGGAGAGCGAAGUAGCGAGAGCUAAGAAUCUCCUUAAGACCAAUAUGCUGCUUCACUUAGAUGGUUCGACACCCAUCUGUGAGGACAUCGGGAGACAGAUGUUGUGCUACGGGCGAAGGAUUCCGCUGCAUGAACUGGAGGCUAGAAUAGAUGCCAUUGAUGCGAACACCAUCAAGGAAGUGUGUACUAAAUAUAUUUACAACAAAGCUCCAGCGAUUGCAGCUGUGGGGCCUAUCGACCAGCUUGCAGACUACAACCAGAUCAAAAGUGGGAUGUGCUGGUUGAGAACCUGAGAGACCAGGACACACAGAUUACAAACUAUUUAUUAAGUGUGUGCAUUUUUUUGUUUUAUUAUAAAAUAAAG